AUGGCUGUCCCCAAAGCGAAGGGCUAUCGGCCAAGAUGCUUCUUUGAUGUUCAAAUAAAUGGAUCUCCAGGUACGAAACGUUAAAUUCCUUGGAUUAAAUGUUUGCAUUGGUUGCUGUUUUUCAAAAUUUAAUUUAUGAAGUCACUUGGGAAGAGAAGCGGCUGAAAUUCAGACUAUAACUCUCAAUAAUAUGGAAAUAAUUAUAAGCCUAUUAAAGCUUAUAAUAUAUAGAUUUAGCCAGGGCUAAAAGCGAAGCUCCCGUUAAUAAAUUCAUGAUUUAAAUCAAACAAUAAACUUGUAAUCCACAGAUCAGGGCACAUUUUUUUGAAUUUUGAGGCAAAGGCUGAGUGAUUUUAGAGAAAAAUCAGAAAUUGACAGUCCAAGAGAGAAACAAAUUUUACAUCAAGUUAUUUGUACACCGAAAAAUAGCAAUCAUGUUCGAUCACAGUAGAUUAGGCCUGAAAGACAAAUAUACCUAUUCGUGCAUUGUAUUUGCAUUAGCUGUAGCAUCAUAAUGUGGCAUUCACCAGUCUCUCCAACAUUGCUCCGUUAGAGAGACUAUGGAUAAUUGGACAACCCCGAAAUAUAACUUUAAGAAACACAUGCGCCACGAUAGUCCUUGGUGGCAGCCAAUUUACACGUUGCAUUCCUCUGUCUAAAAGAGAGGCCAAAAUAAAAAUCAGGCCGGAUUUUUUGUGUUCGACAAGUUUAGUUUACUAGUAAAUCUUGGCGACGAAACUGGUGGCGGGUAAACCAGCCUUUUAAACAUACUUUUUCUCAUCAAGUCUCAGGUAAACAGUACACAGACCUCGGACAGAAUUUGUUCUUAUUUGCCCUAUUUAAACCUAUAAUUCUGCAGUUUUUCACAAUUUUGCAAGAGAAUUUGCACUCAUUCAAUAUCCACGACGAUCAAAGCACGCGCUUCCUUUGCACAACAAAUUAUAGCAUUGAAUUAUAAAACGUUUUCUGUUAGAAAAAUCUGGUCCUAUGCGAUAUGCGGGGUAAUAAUUAUGGGCUUUUAAUAAAAACGAUUAAAAAAAAUUCCCAAAAUCACUUUUCGGCCAGCCGGACGGGUUCUCACUUUUGACAGGCACCAAAUUUGCCGUGCGAUUAAUAGAGUUACCAUUAAGGCUUCAACAUGAUAGAGAAAUUGUUAUGUUUAAGUUUUAUUUCCCUUUAUUCAUUAAACUGUGUAUGAUUUUGUUAUGUGUAAUCUUUAAAAGCGAGUGAUAUUUACGCGCGGCCUUAUGUUCGACUGGAAACAACCGGUGCAGCGAUGAAAAUUGCGAGAGGGACUACUAACAAUCAAUAAAAUAAGUUUAAUUCGGUGAAACAUGUACAGAGACAAUAAUUUUCAUUCACGAAGAGAAGUAUUGAUAGUAAAGUGUCUCAGAAAAUCAUGAGUCAGGCAAGCAUAAGCUUAUUUAUGUUUUAAGCCGGGUUCCCAGUGUUCGCUCUCUUUCAAGAUGAACUCGAGGCAAGAAAAUCGCUCAGAGCUUUCUGUUUACAGCCAAAAUCAUAACUAAAUAAUCUUCGGAACCUUUUCUUUAAAUUUGAGGGUCAAAAAAUGUUUAAAGGCUUUUUAAACCUGAUACUAUUGUAGUUUAGAUCAUUGUUCGUGUUUUAACUUAAGCCGCAUAAACCAUACGCUCGACUUCAGGAAACCGAAAAAACAAAAAAACAUCAAAAACAAUAAUGGCUCAGGCUUACCAGUCGAGAUGCUGCUUCUGAAGUUCAUCAAGUGUUCCAGAAUCGCCUGAGACUUUUCAACCUUCUUACGCCUCAAGCAAGGGCAAGUGAGUUAGCUCAUUUUUGAAAACGAUGCCAUCCGAAAUCGGAUUUCCAAUGACUUUGACAAGCGGUGCAUUUGUCAACAAAAAGCGCAAUAAACAAACCAGCCACGAGUUACAGAACAAUCUUGAUAGCAGCUGUAUUUCAUUUUGUACACCAAGUAGAAAAAGACAGUUUAAAACAUCACAAGAUGACACAAAACUCUCUCAGCUCCAGCUAUCAGUAAGCAAGUUUCCAGACGCUGCAAAAAUUUUGCGCAUAAACUCAUCUGUCAAAUUUUGACCAAUCAGAACAUAAAAAUUGGACGUAGAGCGUGAUCAACGCGUGACAGUGAGAAAAGUCAAAAGCGAUUGCCUUCCCUGAUGUAAAUGUAAAAGCCGGUUGAAUUUUCGUGUCCGAGAUCAGUUCGAAAUCAACAUUUUAAAAGUGCGGCUAAUGAAACACGACUUAUUUCAUAUGCAUUUUAAAAAAAUUGAACUUGAGCCUGCGAUCAUUUGAAAAGUAGCAACUUGUCAGCGAAUACCUUCAAAAUAUUACUCGAACUCAGAGGGUCGAUACCUGAGCCCACGAUACGGUCAGGCGAUACUGGUCAGCAGAAACACUGUUUUGACAGCUGUCAAUUAAUCAAAACAUGGAUGUACAAUAUCAGGUUGCAGGCUCCCAAACUAGCUAGAAAGUGUGAGAUUAAACAUUGGUAUGCCUGUGGUGCGGACGGACGAAAGGUCGGGUGGUCAGUGUACGGUCACGUGAUUGCCGAAUUUUCUAGGAUGGAUAGAUUUUCUAUAAAGCUAUGGGGCUUCGAAUUAAGCCCGUGAUCAAAUAAAAUUUCAGCGCAAAACUUUAAACACUACGUGACCUCAAUAGAUAGAAAAAUGAGCCCGCGAUCCACUCGGGUGAUAAUGGUCAGCGUAUACUCUAGUUUGACAGCUGUCAAUUAACCUUCAUUAGAAGGGCGAAUAUUCGAAUUAACAGACUACGAGUGUGAGUGGGACAUUUCCGUCCGGCAUGUAGAGGAAAAUGAUCGUGUACCUGAGCGAACCUGAGCCCUCGUUAUUAGUUUUCUGAUAGCGGUCUGUACAUGUCCCAUUUUGACAGCUGUCAAUUGACCUUAAUUUGGCCGGCCAAUGUAACUUUAAACGACUGUCAGCCAACUGACAGCCUUGCCCGGCGUAGUUUCGUUUUUAUGUUGAAUUGGUAAGUGUGACAUAUUAUAUCAGGUUAUAUAUAGGGGCAAAACGACUGGUCUUUUAUCUGAGCCCGCGAGACGGUCAUGUGAUAAUUGUCAGCGGAUGUCUGAUUUUGACAGCUGUCAAUCUAAUCGUAUUCAUACGGAUGGCUUACAUAACUAAGAGGCUAGUCAAGCUGUGCAAGAUCUAUUGUGACAUUUGACAUCGGCUUACAUGAAGUGUGUGUACGGACGGGCGUACGCUACGUCAUAACCAAAUUUUCUGGGAUGGAUAGUUUACCAAAUUUUCUUACCCAUGGUGCUCCGCUGCGCGCGCGCUUUGCGCGCGCGGGAGCUCCGCUAUUAAGUUUAAUAUAGCAGAAGUUUGAUUCUUUGAUUUUAAUCAAUUUCUAUAAUUUUAAACUUAAAUCAAUAUGGCUGUGCAGUAUUGGUUAUGAAUGUUUACUUCUCUUGAUUAAUGAUGUGAGCCUUAAUGUGUUAACACUGGGAUAAUCUAAUCUUUUUUAUGGAUUAUUUUGGCUAAUUAAUUUAAAUCAAUAAGGUUUCCAAUGAGCAACCUCAGUCUGCUUGUAAGAUAGAAAGAGGAGUAGGUGGGUAGAAAGGAAGACUGGUUUGAAAGAACUUCAAAUCUAAAACUCUUAAAUUUUGCUUGAUUUAAGAAUCAAUUUUGCAUUCUUUGUAGCUGGCAGGAUUAUUUUUGAACUGUUUGCUGACAUCUGUCCUAAGACAUCUGACAACUUUAGAGCAUUGUGCACAGGUAGGGAAGUAGGUAUUAAUGUAGAUACAUGUGCUACCACUGCCACUACCAACUAUUAUAUUAAUAUUAAUAAUAAUAGUAAAAAUGAUCAUGAUAGUGUUUUAGAGUUGAGAUCAGUUGAUGCGUGGUUGGCCAUAUACUCACUCGUAAGUGGGAUGGAGUCAUAAUAUUAAAUUCAUGGUCACUUCAUUUUUUUCUUUAUUUUACUAGUGCAUACAUACAUACACACAUACAUACAUUUUAUUUGUAUUUUAAGAUUGAAGCACUAUUGUAACAUACCCCGCCUUGGGUAGCUAUGCUAAUCUAGAGGGGUCCUGUUUUCAGGAAACAAAUACAACUAAAAGUAAUAACAGUGUUACAGAUAAGAGAUGGGUCUCGUGUCAAUGACGCGACAAAUAAGGCUUCCUGACCCAACAGAUGACGUUUAAGUAUUACACUGUAAGUUUAAUAUAAUGAAAAAAUUUAGCAGGUGGUCUUGGUGACCCCUCUGAUGGUCUACAUGACCCCCCUCUUGAAAUAAUUAACUGGAACACUGAAUAAGAGGCCUAAAAAAAUGCCAGAAUUGACAUAAUGACUGGAGACUACUGAAAAACUGAUGCAAUAGUACAUAGUGUUAUGAAAUUGCUGAACUCUUAAGGAAAUUAAUGGCUAUUUUUUUAAGUGAUAAAUGUGACAUUUCAUGGAAACUUUAGACAAGAUUUUUGGGAUUAACUUUGAACCUGUUUUUUUAGGAGAAAAAGGUUUAAGCAGGACUUCUGGGAAGGCUCUUCACUAUAAAGGAUCAGGGUUCCAUCGAGUUAUCAAGGAUUUUAUGAUUCAAGGAGGAGACUUUACUAAAGGUACUUUUAUUUUUAUAUCAAGAUGGUAAAUGAAAAGGCGCACUUAAGCUAAAGGCUCAGAUGGCCGGAGCUUUUCCUGGUUUCCUCAGCAUAAAGCAUGCCUAGGAGUAUUGCUACCCCCCUCCCCCUCACCUUGGACAUAAUCGCUGGGUUACCCUCCAGCAGUAUGUCACCUGUGCCCAUUUAUACACCUGGGUGAAGAGAGGCCGAGUGGAGUAAAGUUCCUUGUCUAAGGAAACAAUGCAGUGGGUGACUUUAAACCACAGACCUCCAGAUCCAGAGUUUGAGGUGUUAACCGCUUAACCACACAUAUCAAGAUGGCUCAAAUGGACUUUUCAGAGUUAGAGCCUUAAAGGGAACCUCCACUCUUACUACAGAAUAAGUUUUAAUCGAAUAAAAUUAUGUUGAUAAACAAAUUUGUUCGAAAUUUGUCUUAAAAAAAGUGUUUAUAUCAGGAAAAGUGAAUUUUAAAAUCGCUUAUUUUCACUUUCAAAUUUCGCGGGUGCCGCCAUCUUGAAUAAUUGUGACGUGUUACGGUUGCUCUAUUGUUCUGACACAAAGAGCUUUUGUUUAAUAACCAUAGGACAACCAUUACACGUCACAAUUAUUCAAGAUGGCGACGCCCGCAAAAUUUGAAAACAAAAAUAGGCGAAUCUAAAAGUUAUUUCUUUCGGAUACAAACGCUUUCUUUAAAAAUAUUUUCGAUUGACUUGACUGUAACAGUUAUUUCCUGUGAUUUAAAGUUAUCUUUUUGUUGAAGUGGAGGUUCCCUUUAACUAUUGUCAUUAACAAAGAUGCUGGAAAACAGUCUCCUUUAAUAGCUGUACUAUUACGUAGGAAUUUGUUGUGACUGAUGUUAUUUUGACACAAGAGUUUUCAUCACAAUGUGUAAGUGGCUUGUAAGUGUGCCUAACUGUAGUUUUUGCAAAAGCAGUUGCGGAUUGUUGCAAUGAAACCUUUUUUUGAUGUAUAAACGGUAGGUUCUAUAUCUUUACUUACAUUGAUAAGAUCUUUUUGUGAGAGUUGUGAGGGAGAGGUUUUGUAACAAGAACAGCAGUUUUUCACAGAGUUUUUAAAAGCUACUGACUAUUAACACCUGAGGCAAGGUGCUUGUUACUUUUCAUUUGCGUAUCAGAUAUUUUUUUGAUCUGUAAAACAUGUACUACAUCAGUCUUCUAGGUAACACUAAGCAAACUUUUUCCUUGGUUUCUCACUGGAUGUGUGUCAAUAAUUUUUUGCCAAAAAUUGCCGCUUCAAUGAUUCUUGCACUACGCGAUUCUAGUAGCGUGAUGAUAAUCACAUAGUCUGCGACAAGAUUCUCAUUGCGCAGGAAACGAGACAUGACUGGUAACUUACUUUUGAGCGGUACUGUUUGUCAUGUGCUGUACAAAUCAUUCUUUGCAACCCUUUGAUCAAUUAGAGCAUGCAUUUAAAAUUUGUGACGUGAUAAAAUAAAUUAUAAUUUUUCUAUUAUUUUGUCUAUCACAGGAAAUGGGACUGGAGGAGAGUCAAUUUAUGGUGGCACAUUUAAUGGUUUGUAGCUUCACAGUAUUAAUCUCAACAACAGGACGUGCACUUAGAAUCAGAUUUGUAGUUGUAAAAAUUGAAGAAGUGCAAUAAUGAAGAUCCAAGGGACUGGCGAAAUAUGUUAAUGUCUCUGAUCCUUUACAAUGCAUGUUAAACACAAAGUAAUUUAAUUAUUAAACAAAUAAUGAGAAGUUGGCCUUAAAUGGGGGAGCACUGCCUUGCGCUAGGUUAGCCUGUGCGACUUCCAGCGAUGGCGUGACCAAAGAACCUCACUUAUCUCCCUAGCACUACGAGCGUACCGGUUUGCAGGCAAUAUUAUUAAACAGCAAUGCAGCCAACAAGCAUGGGGGAAGUCACUCCACAGACUUAAUUGCACCUCCAAGGAGUGUCUCUAGUUUAUUUGAUGGCAUAGCACAAAACAAAGCCCAUACCUUGAUCGUCUCCAAAGGGAGGGAGGGAAAAAUUUUACACGAUUAGUAUACUGAGCACUUAAACCUUGCUGAACAAUGGAACCCAAGUGAACUCUGAACAGUUGUUCUUGGCUUUUAUAGCCAGACGAAUGUCUGCUGGCAUAGCCAGUAGAAAAGGCUGUACUACAAGACCACUCAGCAUUACACAUGCACACUCUUAGCCAUGAAUAGUGGUUUCAAAAUACUGGCCAAUGCUGUGGCUCGUAGUAGCCUGCUUAAGACAAGAAGGCCGUAAAGUUCUACACUAGAAUAAAAUGCAUCUUAGAGCUUGCUGAACUUGACAACUACAUUUUACUGGUGUUAUUUUCCAUUAUUUUACUAUUACUGGGUUUAAAAGAAAAUCGUUCAUUGUAUCGAGGACUUCAUUAUAUCAAGGUUCUACUGUUCUGCAAUGACUCUUAUCUCAGGGCUGUGGCUAAAAUUUCAAGUUGCUGGGUAAAUGCAGUUACUAGAAGGGGAAUUGUACUGAGCUGUGUAGGAAUUAGUUCUUUUGGUUCUGUUUUCUUUUUGUUUCCUAUAAGAGAAGCCAGGGCUUACACCCAUAGUACCCAGGUAAAAUCCCCGGCCCCCAGCUCAUAGUGACAGCCCUGUAUCUUCCACUGAACUUACACCUCAUGCAAAUCUGUGUCUUACAAUUUAUUAUCUUUUACACAAGACGUUCUCAGCUUUUGAUUGGUUUAUAUUAAUCUGUCAGCUAAUAAUUCAUCUUGCUCAUGAUGUGGAGAAUGAAACAAUGUUAUGCAAUAUUGGAUUAUGUAAUAACAUUACAGAUCUCAGCAUUUAAUGACACUCUUAUUGAUCUUCAUUUAACUAUAACAGUAAAAAGGGCUUAAUUUGCUUACUGAUACUAAGCAAAUUACGCCCUUUUUCAGGAAACCCUUAAUUUAUUAUUAAUAUUAUAAAGCUGAUCUAAUAGUGUAUAUUUUUAACUGCUUAUCUAAUUAAUAUAAUUAUGAAAAUAAUUAAGUUUUUUGUUAACUGGGGCUGAAACUUAUGAGAAGUACAAACAUGUAAUUGUGAUAACUGCAGUGAUUUGUUUGUCAUAUUAAGUUUUUCAUUUUUUUUGUUUUCCCUAUAACAGAUGAAGGAUUCCCUCUUAAGCACGAGACGGCAAUGUUGUUGUCCAUGGCUAACAGAGGUCCUAACACUAAUGGUUCUCAGUUUUUUAUGUAAGUAUUUGAUCUUUUAAGAGAUAGAAACCACCCUAUAAAUUUGAAACCAAGUAUAAAAUUCAACUGCAUCAUGCAUGUAGAUGUGUAGUAUAAGUCAGGUCCUGAUCACUCAAAGAUUGGAUACAUGUAGUGCUAUCCACUGUAUAAAUAUUAUUAAUUAUCACUAUGGAGUGGUUAGAGUGUCAUGAAAUCCAAUUGCCUUGCCCUCUGGAUAGUAAUUUACCUGAUGAAUAGCGUUACCCACCUUCUGAGAAACUGGCCACUGUUAACUUAAUUACGCUGGCAAAAAUGGUUCAGUUCUUUUUUAAUUUCCUGCUGUUGUCUAAUUUUCCCCUCCUUUAAUUCUCAAUUCCUUCCUUUUCUCAAGGCCCCAGGUUCAAGUUUAAAAGAGGGUUUAUGUUCUUCAAUGUAUCAACUUGAUAAUAUUAAUCUCUAUCCAGUCGUUGAUCCAGUUGUUUCCCUAAUUAAUGUUUAUCCACUGGAUAUUAAUUUAUCUGCUAAAUAGAACCUGAUCCAAGGAGUGAACAACUUGGGCCAGAUUUCAGGUCUUCCAACUGGCAUCUCUGUGAUACAUAACAAUAUUGUAGUGUGAAUAAAGACAAAGUUUUAAUGUUUUAAGUUUUUAUAGUGUGUUUAUUUUGCUUUUCACAGAACAACUCAGCCUGCCCCACAUCUUGAUGGGUAAGUUUUCUUUUAACUUGAUUCAGCUGUUAUUACUGACAGAAAGGAAAUUUCUGUUCGCAUUACGACAUUAUUGAUACUGACAAGACAGUGUUUCACAUGGUUUUAUUGUUUCAAUUUCAAUACACAAAUAAAAAAAGGGCAUCAAAUAUUGCGAUAUUAUUUUUCAAACAUCUGAAUUUUUAAAAGAUAUCAAGAUAAACUGUAACGAACAAAAUGCAUAUUAACAUUAUUCCACAACAGAAUAAAAAUUACCAGUAAAACUAGUUAAUAAUAUUAUUUUGUUGUCGAUACACCUAGGCUCUACAGUACAAACAGCUGUUGUUAUUAAAUCUUAAUUGUUUUUAUAUGAUUUGAAUUUUCUAUGGGUAUUAAAUUAAAAUUUUGCAUGUUUUCUUUUCGUGAGGAUAUUUAUUGGCAAAAACAAAUUCGUGAAAUAAAAAAGAUGCUAAGUUAAGUAAUGAAAUUGUACAUGACUUGUAUACAUAUGCAUUUUUGUUUGUUGCAGUGCCACUCAAAAGCAAGUCACAGAUCAAUGAUUUCCCACACUUCAACAAUGUUGCUCUUGCUUAUAUUGUGGUAUAUUUAUUUUAUUUGUAGGAUUCAUGUGAUAUUUGGCCAAGUAUUGCAAGGUCAGGAAAUAGUGUCAGAGAUAGAGAUUCAAAGAGUUGAUGACAAGAGUAGGCCCCUAGUGGAUGUAAAGAUUAUUAACUGUGGUGAACUUAUUCCAAAAGCAAAGGCUAAAGGUACAGGAUAUGUCUCCAUAGACUAAAUUUAUGUACAGAACUGUGCUCUAGCAGCAGUGCUGCCCGCUGACCCCUGGCAUCAUACUUUAGCUCUUGGGUGAUGUCUUACUGUUAUUUGUUAACUUUCAGCUGCAGAGAAGAAAGCCGAAAAGAAAAGAAAGAAAUCUAAGCGACAUUCUGACAGCAGUUCCUCAGAUACUGACUCUUCAUCCAGUUCUGGAUCAGAAUCAGACAGUGAUCAGUCAUCAAUUGAUAAGCAGCAGAAAAAGAAACGCAUAAAAAAGAAAAGAAGAAAAAAGAUGAAUGAGUCUGUAAAACGCAAGGACAAGAAGAAAGCAAAGAAGAAAAAGAAAGAAAUAAAAGACGGGUAAGGGGCUGUAACUACACCACUGUACAUGGAAUAAAAAUACAUCAAUACACAAACAUUUAAUAAAUACACACCGGUACAAAAAAUGCAAAUAUGAUAAUUUUGAAUACUGUGAGUAAAAUAAUUAAUGACUUAAUUAAAACAUGAAUGCAUAUACAUAUAAUGUCAAAAAUUAACAUUGUUUGCAAAAAGUACGGCAUUCAUUAAUUCAUUCAUCACACUCAAAUGACAACAUGUACAUGUAGAUAGAUUUAGUUGAGUAGCAAAAAGCACUGAUAGAGCCACUGUGCCGAGUGCAGAGCAUAACCAUGGCAACCAACAUGUUGAAUUUCAAAGAUGUUGAGUGAGUAAGGGCAAGUCAAAGGGGUCAAAGAGGUCAAAGAGGUUAGGGAGAAAGUAGCCUGUCAUAGGAAGCCUUUUUUUGUGGUUUCAGAGUAAAGAAAGACGAAGGAAUGUCAUGGAACAGGAUUUUUGGUUUUGGCCGCAGCAAAAAAGGAACAAGAGCAAACUCUUGCUAUGCAGGCUAGGGAGAAAGAAGAGAUCACAAUAUACAUGUAUUAUUUUUUCUCUCAUACCCCCCCCCUCGCCUCUUACUACCUUUUUCACCCCACACCUACCCGAGGGUUGCUAUUUCUACUCUGCCCUGUCUUUCUCAGUGAUCAAAGAUGGCAGCCAUGGCAAUGCAGACAAGCCGUUUUUGCCCACCUAAAAAUUUGGCUGCAUUGCUGGCUUGCCUGAGAGUACUUACACAUACCUCGCACUAACUCACGGUUAUCUUAACCCAGCUUUGAACAAACAGGGCCAAGUAAGUGAUAAGAAAAGGAAUCUGUGGCUACAUUUGAGGUCCCAUAUUACAUAAUAAUGUUGCUUUUACGUCCCCUUCCCUGUUAGUGAAAUAUUGACACUAAUAUUAGCAAUCAAUUUGAAUUCCAGUCCAGGAAAUGAUAAACCAAAGAGUUCUGAACCUUUUAGUUCAGUGGCUGUGGAUGAGAUCCCAGAUGUUCCCAAUAAUUCUUUUCUGUUGAGAAGAAGCCACACCCCCUCCCCUGUCAGGGAAAAGAGGCUUCAGCAGGCAAAAAAUAGGUAUGUUUCCUCUGAGGUACACCUGACCUUAAUCAUUUCUACGAGAGUUGGGCUCAUUCCCUUUUCGGUGCAUAAUUAUCGUGAAUUAGGAUUUUUUGAGCAUGUAAGUCCAUACUAAAUUUGCAAUGAUAAAUUUUGCCCAAGGCAAAGCUCUUUCUUUGUUCAAAGCUCUGAGGUAUAUACUAAUAAAAUUAAUUGUGACAUACAAAAGUACUUUGGAAUGGCAACACAACUAGAUUUCAUCCACAGACUCAAAACUAAGAAGUGCAUUUCAUCCAACGUGCCUGAUUACACACUAAGGAAAUGGUACCAUGUGAAUUACUACUGACGGAAGAGGUUUCAUUUGAAUGGUCACACCAUAGGAUUUCAUCCACAGACUCAAAAAUUAAAACUACAUAGUACCAUGUGAUAGCACUGCUCAAUUGAUUCUGAUGGCAAAUGGUUCAGAAAAAGUUGUUCAGAUGUUGAGAGAUAGAUGGCAGCAGUAUCUUCAAGUUGUUUAUAUUAUUUUCUGUUUGUAUGACCACAGGAAAAGUAAGUCUCCUCCAGGGUAUAAAGCUCCGCCUCAAAGUAAUUCACAGGAAAGGACCAGGGUAUGUACACCUGCUGAAAUGAUAUUGUUUGGGAGAUCAGUAGACCUUAUUUCAUUGUAUCCACCAUCUUCGCAUGCACUUCGGGACUGAUUAAUCACGUAACAUCGCAUUUAUCCCAUCAACCCUUGAACGCGUGCAAAGAUGGUGGUUGUUGUGAAUAAGGUCCAUAUCUUUAACAGAAAAUAUCCACAAUUAUUAAUAAAACAAUUACAUCCGAGUCUCUUGGUUCUUAAAAUGAACCUCGGAUUCUGUGGGUAACUGUUUGUCUUUCUUUUAACACAGUUAUAAAACUUUUUACCCUCUAUCAUUUAUCUCUGUCUGUUUUUCUUAUCCGCAGGUUUCCAGGUCAGGAAGGAUUCUACGAGGACGAGGAAAUAUGGUGAGGAAAUUCCCAGGGUAUUAGUUUAACCUUUCUUACGAGAAAAACAAUACACCAUGAGAAAAGGAAAUCACCAACUAAUGAAUCAUUUACAAGCGGUCAGGAGACAAGACAAAGCAAAACACAUCUCUGAAAACCCACUUACAGUGUACCCCCUCCCCCUCCCCCCCCCCCUUCCCCCUUCCGCCCCUCUAAGCAAAGAGCCUGGCCCGAGGCUACUCCAUCGGUUUGAAACAGAACUUAAUCACGUGAUUUUUAUUUUUCAGCGGUAUCGCACACCCCCGCCUUCUUCUCCGGAUGAAACGCGGAACAUUUCGCGCCGUUUUUCUCCACCUUUGGUGGCUCGGUCAAGGUCUCCACGCAGGCGUACAAGGUCUCCUAUGCGUCGUGCACGAUCACCAUUUAGACAGUCGAGGUCUUCUCGAGAACGUUCUAGAUCUCCCCGUCGACGCUCGAAUUCUCCUCGCAGACCCCCGAUGUCUUCUCGAAGACGCUCGAAGUCUCCACAAAAACAAUUAAAUUCCUCACAGAGACGCUCGCUGUCACCUGAAAGAGCCCCGAUUUCUUCUCGACGACGGUCGACGUCCCCACGAAAACACUCAAAUUCCCCACAGAGAUGCUCGCCGUCUCCACGGAGACACUCUGGGUCUCCGCGACAACGCUUGAGGUCUCCACGAAGACAUUCGAAGUCCUCACGAUCACAGUUACUUCAGAGAACAGAUAGCAAACAGCAUAUGAAAGACCGUGAAUCAGCGGAAAGAAAAAUGAAACAGAGCUACUCAGGAAAAGAUGGUAAAAGCAGUGAUAAAUUUGCAACAGUUGAAACACGAGGUGAAAGGAACUCAAAUGAUGAAAAAGCUAACGAAUGUUCACGUACAAUUGAAGAGCGCUUUCCAGAAAGGCGACGGGAAGAAGAGGAAAAGACCUUUGCAAAUGAAGGCUAUGCAAGGUCAAAGUUUGCUUCAAUCAAUGAAACUGGCAGACACAGGAGAGGAGAAAAAACUAGCAGUAACAGCGACAGUGAGGAAUUUGAACAAGAAGGUUGAGACAUUUUGUAGAGAUUGGAAAACCAUAGCCAUCUUGCGCAUAAAGAAGACACCAGGGACAUACGGAAACCAAGUUCAUACUUGAACGGUGACGAGCAGACAUGGAGAAGCUUAGCUCGUGAUUAUGAGUUUGAAGAAGGUCAUGGAACUUUGGAGGCACAAAGUUAUGCACCCAUUCCAUUAAGCAAAGAACGUGAAAAUAACCGAGAACGUCUACAAUCUCGCGGUAAAAAUAACGAUGAACAGAUUUCUCCAAACGAAGAAAGCGCAGGCAGUGAACAAGAGGACAAACGAGCUUUCCUUCAGGGUGAAGGAAGGUUUAAACAUCAGGGUAUCUCAGAACGUAAAACUGGUCGUCAACAGCGCAGUAGGAGUUUUGAUAGACGCAGAAGCAGCUCUCAGGAGAGUGACCGGAACCGGAAGUCGCGUCAUCACCAUCGUCGUCAUCAUCAUCGUCAUCAUCAUCAUCGACACCAUCAUAAAAGAGACGCGAGGCAAUCGGAAAGAAACAUUGUCGUGUUCGAGAAAGAUCAGGACAGUUCAAGUGACUGACUUAACUGCUUGUAAACUUCUCAAAGAUCGGUGAGAUCGUGAACGUAAACAGCACUUCAAUUUUCAAUGUACAAUAUUUUGUACGUUUCUCUGUAGGAACAGUCGAAAACGACACUAAAACGUGCAAAAGGAAGUUAUGUCUUGAGACAAAUAAGAAACGAACUCACAUCCGUUCAAACUUUUUCCAAGUUUUCCGAAGCUUUAAUUCAAACCCCUGUCUAAAGAGAGAAGAACAGGCAUUUAUUCAUGACUUAUCCUUUAACGACAUAUUUAUUGUCUUUCAUACUUGCAUCAAUUUUCCCUUUUGGUGGCUACUUAUCGUAAACUGCCGCUUCUACAUCUUGGUAAGGGGUUUUAGGAGGGUUUAUAAACGGAGGGGCUUACAUCCGAGGGAGCUUAUCACAAGAC